UUAGGAGGGGUUUCCACCAUCCCUGAGCCAAGUUCCCAGGUCUGUACACACACUGUGCCCAUUAUGAGGGGCUCCCACCAUCCCUGUGCUGAGUUCCCAGGUCUCUACACCUGCUGUGCCCAUUAUGAGGGAUUCCCUCCAUCCCUGAGCCACGUUCCCAGGUCUCUACACCUGCUGUGCCCAUUAUGAGGGAUUCCCUCCAUCCCUGAGCCAUGCUCCCAGGUCUCUACACCUGCUGUGCCCAUUAUGAGGGAUUCCCUCCAUCCCUGAGCCACGUUCCCAGGUCUCUACACCUGCUGUGCCCAU